UGCAGUAGAUGAGCAGCUCCCCUACUCUUCCCUCCUCCCCUUACUAACUAACAUCAUGCUCACACAAAGGAACAUGCUAGAGGUACUCAUCCCUGAGAUACAUGAGGAAUUCCAUACCUAGUCACUGGGACCUGACCUUACCAAUGCUCAUUGUUCACAAGAGAAGCACUACAUACAGAAGAUUGAAAAAAGAGAAGAGAGUGCGCAUUUGAAGACUACCAGUGGUUAUAGAGAAUCCUUUACUUAACUUCCACAACUGAUUCUAUUGUCACUCUCAGCUGUGCCGGAGAAGCUGGACGUUUUGAUUGAAUAACUUCCCAUCCAACAAUGCCAUGGUUCAUGUGGUGCCAUUCAUGAGAAGUAUAGAAGGAUCACCUCCUACCUAAGCGUUUAGCCUCUUGUGAAACAAAGUUACGACAUCAUCAUCACUGUCAGUGAGACGUGUGCAGGCACCAAGGUAAUAGGAGCGGCAAUGGGACACAGCCUCGAGGACCACCACUCUACAUGUUUCGGGGGACGUUUCCCUUCGCUGCAACCUAGAGAGGAUAAGGAGUUGUGAGCAGGGGGUGUCUUGGUGAUUAAAAGUUUUGGUUCAGGUUGAAGGUCACAAGGAAGUCAUGGUGUCCGUGGGGAGAAUCAGAAUUGUUCUCUGCUGCGUAUUGAUGAAUGUCAGUGCAGUGAUAGACUCUGAUGAUGUCAUCACACGAGACGAGCAGAUUUACCUCCUGAUUGGUCCCCGUGCCAAAUGUGAGAGGAUAAUCCAUUCACAGCUGGCCAUAGUCAAAGAAGACGACUGUGUACCGGAGUGGGAUGGGAUUAUCUGCUGGCCCAGAGGGAAGCCUAGUCAGCUGGUCUCGGUGCUAUGUCCAGAAUACAUCUACGACUUCAACCACAGAGGUCAGGCCUAUCGUCAAUGUGAUGCCUCAGGGAACUGGGAGCAGGUGCCUAGCAUCAACCGCACCUGGGCCAACUACACUGAGUGUACCACCUACCUGUUGUCUAGCCAUAGAAGCCAGGAGGAGGAGGUGUUUGAGCGGCUACACUUGAUGUACACCAUUGGCUACUCCAUCUCUCUGGUAUCCCUACUGGUGGCUGUCUCGAUUCUCUGCUACUUCAAGCGUCUCCACUGCACACGGAACUACAUCCACAUUCACCUCUUCACUUCCUUUGUGUUUCGGGCCAUCAGUAUCUUUGUGAAGGAUGCUGUCCUCUAUGCCAUGUCUGAUGACGGAAAGACUGAAGCAGAGGAAUUGGCAGAGAGACCCCAUAUGGUGGGCUGUAAGGUGGCCGUUACUCUCUUCCUGUAUUUCCUGGCGACCAAUCACUACUGGAUCCUGGUGGAGGGACUGUACCUGCACAGCCUCAUCUUCAUGGCCUUCCUCUCAGACAAGAACUACCUGUGGGCACUCACCAUCAUCGGCUGGGGUGUCCCUGCGGUGUUUGUGUCCAUUUGGGUCAGUGCGCGAGCAUCAUUGGCAGACACUCAGUGCUGGGACAUCAGUGCGGGAAAUCUGAAGUGGAUCUAUCAAGUCCCAAUUCUUGCAGCCAUUGUAGUGAACUUCUUCUUGUUCCUCAACAUCAUCCGAGUGUUGGCCUCUAAGCUGUGGGAGACCAACACAGGCAAACUGGACCCCCGUCAGCAGUACAGGAAGCUGUUGAAAUCCACCCUUGUCCUGAUGCCCUUGUUUGGAGUGCACUAUAUGGUGUUUAUGGCUCUACCCUACACUGAGGUUACGGGCCUGUUGUGGCAGGUGCAGAUGCACUACGAGAUGUUCUUCAACUCUUCCCAGGGAUUCUUUGUGGCAUUCAUCUACUGUUUCUGCAAUGGGGAGGUGCAGGCGGAGGUAAAGAAGGCAUGGCUACGGCGGAGCCUGGCCCUGGACCUCAAACAGAAGACCCGGGUGACCAGCAGUGGGGGCGGGGGCAGCUGCUACUACGGCGGUAUGAUGUCACACACCACCACCCACAGCGUGAGUCUGACUGUGGCCAAUCCCAGAGGAAUGUCCCUGAAUGGGGGAGGGGCAUCUGGGGUGGGAGGAGCUGGGGGAAGCAACGUGGGAGGGGGAAGCAGGCAGCCACGCCUCACCUCCACCUUCCAUCCCCUCACCAACCUGCCAGGUUAUGUGCCCAGCAACACGGAGACCCCGAGGCAGAAACUGGUCAUUUGGAGGCCCGGGGUGGGGGCUGGAGCUGGGGCCGGUGUUGGUGCCUUUCCCAGGCACCCCAGGGCUGCUAACGAGGGGAUCCAAGUGGGUGGUGGUGGAGCCAAGACAGAGACUGCAGUCUCUGUGCCCCAGCGGUUGGGAGAUGAGGACCCCUGCUGCUCUUUGUCUCUAAAGGAACUAGAGACCAUCUUGUGAACUGGAACUGUCAGAUCUAUGGUGUCUAACAGUGAGAGCAGCACUGUAUCAGAUAGCUUUACUUAUCCAGAUUCCUGCCAUGGAUCCAUAUCAAGGCUCCAUUCAAGUGAUCUCCAAUGACCUAUUUGAAUCUCCCCUGAAUCCCUUGUUUGAUUGACUGAUGUCUGAAGACUUAGCUACUACGUACAUUUAGUUGGGGUUAAAGAAUCAUUGUGUGUAAACUGGUCUAAUGACACGAUUACCAAUGGAACAUUGAUCCAUUGAUCAUGAAUAAAUAACAUGUACUUUUAGCAUGAUUGGUGAUGUAAUUUAUCAGUGGUUGUAAUAAAGAAACCAAUGACUAGUGA